AUGCGCGGCAAUUCCAAAGCUUCGCACAGUGAGGUCGGAGCUAUGCCUGCACUCACCCAGGUCCCUACCACGGUGACUCUGUCUGCAGAGCAGUUCGAGAAGCUCUACCUGAGUCCUAUGAUGCACCGCCAGCCGACUCUCGCAAAGAAUCUAGGAAACCCUACUCCACUGGGAAUUGGAGCUUUCGUGCUUACAGCCACGCCACUUGCGUGUUGUUUGAUGUCAUGGAGAGGUGCCGGUGGAGGUGGUGCUGCAUUCACUGGAGUCUUGGUCUUAUUCGGUGGGCUCUUGCUGGUCCUGUCCUGUAUUCUUGAAUUUAUCCUCGGGAAUACAUUCUCUUCGGUUGUGUUCGGUCACUUAGGUGCAUUCUGCUUGGCUUUCGGUGCUAGCAUGACCCCGGCGUUUAACUCUGCAGCUCCAUACUCUCCAGAUGGAACCGAUACUUUGGCAGGCCUUCACAGUCCCGGAUUUGUGAACACCUUCGCAUUCUUCUUCCUAUUUAUGGCGGUAUUGAUGUUGAUCUAUAGCGUCUGCGCAACUCGUACCAAUUUGGUGUUUGUGCUGAUCUUCGCGUCCCUGAUCUUGGUGUUCUCGCUCUUGGCCGCCGCGUACUGGAAAUUGGGCCUCGAAGAUGCCGUUAUGGGUAAUCGCUUGACUGUGGGCGCUGGCGCUGCUUUAUUCGUGGCUACUAUGUUAGGCUUCUAUCUGUUGACGGCGCAGUUGCUUGACUCUGUUGGCUUCCCUCUCUCCUUGCCUAUUGGAGAUUUGAGCGGGGUUUGGGAUCGCUCACGCAAACAGUAA